GUGGGGAAAUACCCCACGAAGUUCAAUUGAUUGCCACUUUCCAUUACAGUCUUUGGCUUUAUCCUCCUUAAACCCAUCUUGUAUUCUGUCAAUUUCAUGUGAAAAAAAUAUAACUUGAUUCGAAAAGGAAGGAACUUGGGACUUGUUUCGCUCGGAGAUGGCGUUGCCUAAGGUUGAUUUUGAGGUUGGAGCUGAUGGGGUUGCUGUCAUCACUAUGGGCAACCCACCCGUCAAUGCUUUGGCCAUUCCAAUUAUCAUGGGGUUGAAAGAUAGAUUUGAUGAGGCAGCUAGAAGGAAUGAUGUGAAAGCUAUAGUUUUGACUGGCAAAGGUGGGAGAUUUUCUGGUGGCUUUGAUAUCAGUGUUAUGAAGAAAGUUCACGAUACCGGGGAUUCCUCGCAUCUCCCUGAUGUCUCCGUGGAACUAGUAGUCAAUGCGAUUGAAGAUUCGAAGAAGCCUGUUGUUGCAGCAGUAGAGGGGCUUGCUCUUGGAGGCGGCUUAGAACUGGCUAUGGGAUGCCAUGCACGUAUUGCGGCUCCGAGAGCUCAAUUGGGUCUACCAGAGCUGACUCUUGGUAUUAUUCCUGGAUUUGGAGGAACACAACGUCUUCCAAGGCUUAUUGGGCUGUCUAAAGCUGUUGAAAUGAUGCUGACAUCUAAACCUAUUACGUCGGAAGAAGGGAGGAAAUUAGGACUUAUUGAUUCCAUUGUGUCCUCUGAGGAGUUACUAAAGGUAUCUAGGUUGUGGGCUCUUGAAAUAGGAGAGAGGCGCAAACCUUGGGUUCGUUCACUUCAUAGGACAGACAAAAUUGGUUCUCUGUCUGAAGCACGUCAGGUGUUGGGAACUGCCAGGCAACAUGUCAAGAAGACUGCUCCACAUUUGCCUCAGCAGCAGGCUUGCGUAGAUGUGAUUGAACAUGGAAUAGUUCAUGGUGGCUAUAGUGGUGUGCUAAAGGAGGCAGAAGUGUUCAAGCAAUUAGUUGUGUCGGACACAUCAAAAGGUUUAAUUAAUGUAUUCUUUGCUCAGCGGGCUAUAACAAAGGUGCCUGGCGUAACUGAUAUCGGCCUUAAACCAAGAAAUGUUAAAAAAGUUGCUGUUAUUGGAGGAGGUCUAAUGGGAUCUGGCAUUGCUACUGCUCUUCUACUAGGCAACAUUCGUGUCUUACUCAAGGAAAUCAAUUCUGAAUUUCUUAUGAAGGGAAUAAAAACAAUAGAAGGUAACUAUUCUAGUUAUUUGAGUGAAUUAGGGGUAAUAUGAUACGGAUGAUCAUUU